AUGGACGAUGAAGCGACGAAGAAGCGCAUGAUGGCGGUCCUAUCACACUGAAAAGUUGUUCCGCAUCCCCAGAAAGAAGAAGUGUUUGCCUUGCAGAGCUUCCACAUGAAGAAUCUCUUUCUCAUGAAUGUGAUGUAUCUAUACUAAAUUCAUUCGUUUCGAUUCGGUCCAGAAUCCGACCAGGCUUGUUGCGCGGCUCUCACCUUAUUACAGACAUCGCUAACGAAAACGAUGUUGAACCGCUGCGCAAUACAAAAUUUGAUUAUUCUGGGCAGCGCAAAAUUUGAUUAUUCUGGGAGGAAAAGUCGCGUUGCUGACAUAGUACUACUUGCACAGGGCUGCGAGUUUGUUUUUCCACCAUCAAGGGUCGUGGGGGCUUGGAAGUACAAACGCUCUCUGAAAUAAAAUCUACUGGGGCGGGGGCACAGUUUUUCAAUUUGAUAGAGGGACGGCUGCGACUACAUUACUCACGCCUUGCGGUUCGUGCUCGUUGACACUGGGGGUGCGCUGCUGCAGAUUUUCGAGUGGAUAGACGAGGAGGAUGACAAAAUCGUGGUUCGGUGCAAGUACGGCGUCACGAACAUUGACCAGGAGGCGGAACGAAAGAUGUACCGGAAUUUCAUCAAGGAGGCCCAGAAAAUCCAACGCGAAACGUAUUACAAUGAAAAAUGCCCCCACCCCCAAACUUGGGAGCAUUUGUAUUGCAAACUUUUCCAAAUGAAACAUUCGCCCUCUUGCAUCUAUCAGCAUCAGAGAUUUCCGAUCGCGAAUAGCAAAAAUUUGUAUUGCAAAAUAUCCCAGCAGGAGCGGCGCUUCUCAUGCAAGCGAUGCGAUACACGCCUAGACUCUGCAUUAGAAAGAUUCAUACUCCUUUCAUGCAUGACAAAAAGUUUUCAUUUGGAAUCUUCGCAUCACAAAUUUUUGCAACUUUGGGGGUGGGGGCAUUUUUCACUGUAAUAAAACGGAAGACGGGGUGCGGGGCAAGCUGUUGAAGGCACUGGAGAAAAUCGAGGAGCGGGAAGCGAGUCCGAAGAAGGGGCAAACCGUAUUACAGUGAAAAGUGCCCCCCACCCCUGAAUUUGCAAAAAUUUGUGAUGCGGAGUUUCCAAAUGAAAACUUUUUGUCAUGCAUGAAAGGAGUAUGAAUCUUUCCGAUGCAGAGUCUAGGCGUGUAAGUAUCGCAUCGCUUGCAUGACAACCGCCGCUCUUGCUGGGGUCUUUUGCAAUACAAAUUUUUGCUUUUCGUAUUCACGAUUGGAAACCUGUGAUGCUGAUAGAUGCAAGAGGGCGAAUGUUUCACUUGGAAACGUUUGCAAUGCAAACGCUUCCAAGUUCGGGGAUGGGGGCACUUUUCAUUGUAAUAAGCCGAGUUGGAUCAGGACACCAUCGCCUUUCAAAAGGACGCCAUUGCAUACCUCACGGACAAGCUCCCGAAGAAGAAGAACGAGGUGAACAUAUAACCCGCUCAGGUGUUACAAUCUCAAGCGUUGCAAUAGAGUCUGAGAUUUGUCUUGCAUGAUGAACAUGACAGACUCGGACAGCAUUUCACUUUCUGCAAUACAAAUGUCGCCAGAUUGUAGUGCGGAUUGGGACUCCAGAACUUGUCAUGCGCAAUCCUAUGAAAGUUGGCUAGAUCGUGCAGUCUUGUUGCAUCACAGAUUUCCAUAUUCUAUUGUAACGUUUGAGAUUGUAACACCUGAGAGGGUUAUAGAACAUCAGUACCCUGGAGAAAGGCGAGUGGUUCCUGGUGUACCUCAUUCUUAUCUGGUAAAAAAGUAAGAAGCCGAAGCGAGCAGCCCGCGUUCACACACUGUUAACUCGGAUUUUUUUGUGUCACCAUUUCCAUGUCAUACCCAGUUUAAUCACAUGAUUCACUUGCAGUUGCACUAGCAGUUCGAGUUCGUUGCACCAGCGCCACAUUCACCAUACAUACAUCAUCUUUUCGUUAAUUUUCCCAGUAUAAAGCUUUCCUUUUCUUUUUCUGCACACCCUGCAUAGUUCUUCGUCUUCCGUAGAAUGUAAUUCAUGCACGCAUUGUUCGCAACUCGAAGUCCACUUACUAGAGUUUGCUUUCCCUAAUCCUGCACCACGUUUAGGACUGCGACACAAGUAUUUUGUAUAUUCGUGUGUGUUAUGACGCUACGGACAAAUCAUAAACGUUUUUCGUAUGCGCAGCAUACCCUGCCUAAAAGAGAGGCUUCUGCCUACAAACUGCCCGCCUGUCGGGUAAGUAGUAGUAUUGUUAGUUGCAGUUGUGCCAUUGCAGUUAUACACUUUCUGCAGGAAAUUAUGCAAGUAAAAGAAGUUGUGGUUGUCAUCGAUUGGAUAUGGAGUUUUACGAUGUUAUUUCUUCAUCUCCACAAGAAGCACCCGCCUCCGAAGGGCUAC